CCUGAUGUUAACUCAUUAGCACGUAAGCAUGAAAAGGAGGACGAAUAGAUUUCUCAAGUGUUUCGACGAAUUUUCCUGGUUAAGUUCUUCACAACAAAUUUGAACAAUUUUAUUAUGUGAUUGAUAAAUGGUGCAACUUCAAUGUGUCACAAUACAAGAUGGGAUAAUUUAUGACCUCUUAUGCAACAAUGUUUUUCGACAAACAAUGCAUUUUAACACAUAAUAUCGAAUGAGAUCAGCGAUGCGUGAUUCACGUUUUGCUCGCACCGAUGAUUCCUGAUUAGUGACCUUCGUUGCGUAUUUGUCAAUGAGACGAGAAUGGCCUUGUUCUUUCUCUACGCGUCAAGUUGUGGACACAACUAUUUCGUUCAGCGUUGGGAAUACCGUCGGGCGCUAUUAUUGGUGUGCAUUACUAUAGAUCAUUACGCGCAUACAAUGUAAUUAUAAUCGGAAGCAAUUUGCUGCUUCUAUUUUUUUUUCCACGUUGUGCCAGAUAUUUUAUACCUGAUAGCUCGUGGGGAACCCACCGAGUGUCGUUACCAAGAACGAUCGUUUCUAGCGCACCGUGAAAGGUCGUGCAUUAUACUUUGUCCGGCAGGAUGCACGAACUAAUAUGUUCCCCUCAAAGUUAUGAAAAACGGAAACGGUGUACCGCUUCACAACACGCUGACGCAUUUAUGUCUAUAUAUACAUAGAUAUAAAAAUCCCAUUGUUCAAGAUGAAUAACAUCUUGCUGUUUUUACUGCCGUUGUGUCAGCUGUUGCAGCAAAGAUUUGUCUUUGCACAGAUGACCUUUUCAGACACUCCAAUGGCAACAACUUAUAUCGUGAAUAAUCCAAGUCCGAAUAAUUGUCAGUGUUUUCCUGGAACUACCUGUCCCACGGGCACUGGCGGUAUUGACAUCAGAAUAGUAAAUACGGGAUCAACUUGCCCUUCUGGAUAUGUGUUCUGUUGUUCAUCUGGUGGUACUCCAGAUAAUCCUUCUUGCGGCCUUCAAAAAAUUCCACCCUCUGCGCAUCCAGUGGGACAAGCCGCUUACGGUGCAUAUCCCUGGAUGGUUGCUGUUUUAACUGACAACAACGUUUACCUCGGAGGAGGAGUUCUCAUCAGUACAACACAUGUUCUUACUGCCGCUCAUAAAGUAGCUGGUUAUGUAAAUGGUGGGAUUAAAGCAAGAUUAGGUGAGUGGGAUGCUCAAGUUACCACCGAACCUAAUCCGUACGUAGAGAUCUCUAUAUCAAAAAUCACCGUACAUCCUCAAUAUAAUUCACAAAAUCUCCAGAACGAUAUAGCGGUGCUUAAACUGUGUUCGGCUGCUCCCAUUUCAAGUCCUAAUAUUAAUACGGCGUGCUUGCCAUCUGGAGCGGUUAGCGCAGGAACGAGAUGUUGGGUGACGGGUUGGGGAAAAGAUGCCUUUGGAAGUAACGGAAAGUAUCCAAGUAUCCUGAGAGAGGUAGACGUACCUGUGCGGAGUCGAGUGGAUUGUCAAACAGCACUUCGAAGGACCCGACUCGGUGACCUCUUUGUUCUGGACACCAGUUUCAUGUGCGCAGGAGGGGAAGCCGGCAAAGACGCGUGCACUGGCGAUGGAGGUUCACCACUGGUGUGUUCAAAUAACGGGCCUUAUCAGGUUGUCGGCCUGGUGACAUGGGGUAUAGGUUGCGCGAGUGAUGGAGUACCCGGAGUAUAUACUGAUGUGUACAACUUCCUUUCCUGGAUUUGGCAACAAAUGACAUAGCGCUCUUGAAAAUAUAUGUAUAGCAUAUUAUAUCUUAAAAAAGUUAAGUAAACAAGAAAACUUUUUAUAUUCAUAUUCAGUUAAAUCUUGUAAAAGUGUGCAAUAAAUCAUUAAUACAUGAUCAUUACAAACAUCUUGUAAGAGAAUUAACACAUACACAUACAUAUACAUAUGUUUUAAUAAAAUGUCGUUUUGUAAUCAAACGCUCUACAAACUGGACUUAAAUAUUUAAAAAUUUAGUCUCUUCAUAAGAAUGUAAAAUAAAUUUUUAAAGAAAUUUAAUUGAUAGAGUAUUGAAAAAGGAUAUGUUAUUUGUAACGUUUCAAAAUUUUGCAAUAGAAUCAAAUAGCAAACCUGAAAAAAAUAUUAUUUUUAUCAGCUUAUACUUAUGAAUAUACAAAUGAUUUUACAAUGCUUGACAUUACAUUUUCUUCUUAAAUGCUAUUUACAAAAGCUAUUAUUACAAAAUAAAGUUUGUUUAAAUUUGUUGAA